AUGGCCCCUGACCUGCUGCUGUGCUUGAGCUUUGGUUGUACAGUAGCCCUCAAACCUACAUGCCUAUCAACUCAGUUUAGAAGACCCGGUGAUUACAUCAUAGGAGGCUUAUUCCCUUUUGGAAUGGACACCAUAAACCUGACGGUGCGAUCAGAACCCACUUUAGUUACAUGUGAAAGGUUAUUUGUAGAUGGGUUAAUAUGGGCUCUUGGGAUGAAGUUUGCCAUUGAUCAGAUCAACAAUUCCACUUCACUUCUCCCAGGAGUAAAGCUGGGCUAUGACAUAUAUGACACCUGCUUUGAGCCAGUUGUGGCCUUACAGCCCAGUUUGCUAUUUCUGACCCAAAAUGGCACAACAAGCAUUGGAGUCCUGUGCAACUACACUGAUUACCAGCCUCGUGUGACUGCUGUGAUCGGACCACAUAAGUCAGAUCUUUGCCUGGUGACCGCCAAACUAUUCAGCUUUUUCUUGAUCCCACAGGUCAGCUAUGCAGCCAGCAGUGAAGAGCUCAGCAACAAGGAGUUGUAUCCAUCCUUUUACCGAACUGUUCCCAGUGAUAAGAACUUGGUGCAAGCUGUGGCGCUACUGCUGAAAAAGUUUGGAUGGAACUGGAUUGUCACCAUCGGAAGUGAUGAUGAAUAUGGCCGAGGAGCGCAGGAACUGUUCUUAAGCACAGCUGGAAACCACAGCAUCUGCAUUGCCUAUGAAGGGCUAAUUCCUACAGACCUGGCAGACCCCAAAGCCAAAAACCAAAUAGAAGAGACCAUUCAUAUAAUUAACAAGACCGAAGUAAACAUCAUUGUCCUUUUUGCUUCUAGUCAGCCAGCCCAGGCUCUGCUGGAACAUAGCAUCAGGAUGGGACUUAGUAAGAAAGUCUGGAUUGGCACUGAAGCCUGGGUGUUGUCUGAUAUUACCACCUCCAUCCCAAACAUUCAGAGCAUAGGGACAGUCUUAGGCUUCAUUAUGAAAGCAGGCACAGUCCACGGCUUCCAGAAUUAUGUUUCUGACCUCUUUACCUCUGUUCAGCAGGACAGCUAUUGCCAGAAGUCUACAGAAUUCAACAGUCUCAUGAACUCUGACAUGCUGGGCACACAUUGCAAACAGUGUGACCACAUCUCACUGCAUGAUAUUUCAUCCACGCUAAGCUACUCACAGAUACAACUAGUGUACAUUGCAGUUUAUAGUGUGGCCUAUGCACUACACAGAGCCCUUGGGUGCACCAACAAAGAGUGUCCCAAAGCAACCAUCAGAUCCUGGCAGCUGUUGCACUUCAUGAAUACCCUCCCAUUCAAGGUGAACGGCCAAAGUUUUAGAUUUGACCAAUCCCAUGGCACAAACACGGGCUACAGGCUUAUAUUCUGGUGCUGGAAGAAUAGUACCCUUACAUAUCUGCCUGUAGGUGACUACGAAGAGUCCUUGUACAUCAACGAGUCACAGAUUCAGUUUCACACUGCAGAUAAAAAGGAGCCUAUAUCUGAGUGCUUCAGACAAUGCAAACCAGGACAAAUUAGACGAAUAAAAGGAUUCCACCUCUGCUGCUACGAUUGUAUAGACUGUCCAGAAAACACCUUCUGGAGCAUUAAAGAGAGCUUGACCUGCACUCCUUGCCUGGAGCACCAGUGGUCCCCAGUCCAGAGCACACAAUGUUAUGAUCGCAAUGAAAGAUACCUCUUUUGGAAUGAGACGCUCACCGUUGGCUUGCUGAUGCUGAUGUCCAUCAUCAUAGUCCUGACUUGUCUGACAGCGAUGCUCUUUUUAAAAAACCUUGAGACACCCAUUGUGCAGGCUUCUGGAGGCAAGCUGAGCCUCUUUGCCUUGUUCAUGCUCAUACUGUUGUGUUUCAGCUCCUGUCUCUACAUAGGGAAACCCAGUAACAACCUUUGUAUGAUGCAGCAGAUAGCCUAUGCCCUGUGCCUCAAUGCUUGUUUCUCCACCUUCUUUAUCAAGUCCCUUGAGAUCACCGUUGUGGCAGAGUUUCCCUGGUGUGCUCCCACUUUCUUGCACUGGGUGACUCAGAGCAGGGCCUGGCUUCUUGUUACCUUGUGCUUCUUCACCCAGUGCUUGUUCUGUUUCUGCUAUCUUCACUUGGGUCCUGACUACAUGGUGCAUGAUUACAAGUCACUGCCUACUGAAGUUCUGCUUGUGUGUAACACAGAGUCCUGGCUUGCCUUUGCCCUGCUGCAUGGCUACAAUGGCUGCUUAGCCUUUGUUUGUUUCCUAUGCACAUUCAUGGUAGAGACUUCUGGUAAGAAAUACAAUAUUGCCAGUGGGAUCACAUUUGCCAUCCUAAUCUAUUUCAUCACCUGGAUUUUUUUCAUUGCCAUUUUUGUCACACUGAAGACAGUCCUCAGGUCUGUUGCCCAGAUUGGUACCAUUCUGAUUUUCAGUCUGGGUAUCCUGGGGACCUACUACAUCCCUAAAUGCUACAUCAUCUUGUUUAAGCCUGAUUUGAACAUGAUGGAUUACUUCCAGAACUCCAUCAAAGAGAGACCACAAGACAACUCUCAAUAA